GCCUGACUGCGUUAACCUCUCCGUUCCCCGCGCUGCCACGUGAGGUGUCCUAAUACGGUCCGACCAGGGAGACGCCGCGGAGCGCUCGCCUCUCCGGUGAACCGGGAGGGGCAGGCACAAACCUUCGGAGUCAACCACAGCCUGAGGAGAGCAAUGGGGCUUUGGGGUCGCCGCCGGGCGAGCUGAAAGUCCGCUGCGGCAGAAGCUCCCGCCUUGGGAGUUUGCCGCGAGCGCGUCUCCUCCAUUCGCAGUCCCGGCGCGGUCGGAGGAGGAGCGGGAGAGGACGGCGCUGCUGGGACCUCGCGGGCGGGCGCGCGGCUCCUCGCUCUGCCCCGCGGCCCCGCGACUUGCAGAAGGCGUGACCGGCGGCUGGGCGCGGGGAACCGCAGAGCGGCCAUGGGUGCUGGGAGCUCCACCGAGCAGCGGAGCCCGGAGCCGCCCGAGGCGGGGAGCGGGGCGCCGGCCGAGCCCGAGCCCGAGCCCCGCGGCGGCAGCCCGGUGGCGGAGGCGGCGCCCGGAGCUCCCGGGGACCCGGACAUCGCGGCCGCGGAGCCGGCCACCAAGCUCUUACAGAAGAAUGGUCAGCUGUCCACACUCAACGGCUUAGCUGAGCAAGAAGAGCUCACCCCGCAGGAGGGAGUCCUGAAUGGCCAGGAGGAGGAAGUCACUGUCCCAGAGGUUGGACAGAGAGAAUCCGAAGAUGUGAAUGAAAGAGGCUCAGAUAAAGAGAUGGCUGCCAACUCAUCGGUUGUUCAGGACAUCACAAAGGAUGGGCAGGAGGAAAUGCCUGAAAUAAUUGAGCAGAUUCCUUCUUCGGAAAGCAAUUUAGAAGAACUAACGCAGCCUGCUGAGUCCCAGACUAAUGACGUUGGAUUUAAGAAGGUGUUUAAGUUUGUUGGCUUUAAAUUCACUGUGAAAAAGGAUAAGAGCGAGAAGUCUGACACGGUCCAGCUACUCACUGUCAGAAAAGAGGAAGGUGAAGGAGCAGGAGAGUCAGAGGGGGCUGGGGACCACCAAGAGCCCAGCCGGGAGGCGGGAGAAGCAACACACAAAGAAAAUGAACUGAAACAAUCCACAGAGAGCCCCGAGAAGCCUCUGCAACCCGAGCAGAGCAGCACAGAGAUUUCUUUUCAAGCUGAGUCUGGUCAAGCAGCCGAGGAAGGCAAAGAUGGAGAAGAAAAACAAGAAAAAGAACCCACCAAAUCUCCAGACUCUCCAACCAGUCCAGUGGCCAGCGAAACGGCGUCACCCUUCAAAAAAUUCUUCACUCAAGGCUGGGCUGGCUGGCGCAAAAAGACCAGUUUCAGGAAGCCCAAGGAGGAUGAGCUGGAAGCUUCGGAGAAGAAAAAGGAACAAGAGACAGAAAGAGUCGACGCAGAAGAAAAGGAAAAAACAGAAGAUACCUCUGAGAAACUGGCUGCUGCGGAACAACCACAGCCACAGGAGGCCACAGAGAGUGUCCACGAUGCCAGAUUAUCAGCUGAGUAUGAAAAGGUGGAGCUGCCCUCUGAAGGUCAAGGGCAGGCAUCUCCUGAAGAGAGAUCCGCCCCUUUGGCCACAGAAAUAUUUGAUGAAAAGGUAGAGAUUGUUGCAGAAGUCCACGUGAGCACGGCGGAGAAUGCAGAGGAGCAGGAAGCUGAGGUGGAGGAAACAGAAGAGCCCCAACCGGCUGAGAAAUUGGCCGAAACCAGCGCUGGGCCUCAGGAAGCCGAACCUCCAGUGUGUGCGCCGGGAGGGGACCACACCCAGCCCCCCGAACCAGGUCCUGAGGAGCAGGCGCUGUCUGCCCAGCCGGAAGGCAUCGUGAGCGAGGUGGAGAUGCUGGCAUCCCAGGAGAGAGUGAAGGUGCAGGGAAGCCCGCUGAAGAAGCUUUUUACAAGCACUGGCCUGAAAAAGCUCUCCGGAAAGAAGCAGAAAGCGAAGCGAGGGGGAGAGGAAGAGUCGGGGGAGCAGCACGCGGCCCAGGCGGAUUCUCCCGAUAGCCCAGACGAGCACAAGGGCGAGAGCUCUGCUUCCUCCCCGGAGGAGCCCGAGGAGAUCACGUGCCUGGAGAAGGGGAUCGCGGAGGCCCACCCGGACGGGGAAGGCGAAGAGGGAGCCACUUCCGAUGGAGAGAAAAAGAGAGAAGGUGUGACUCCCUGGGCGUCUUUCAAAAAGAUGGUGACGCCCAAGAAACGUGUGAGAAGGCUUUCGGAAAGCGACAAGGAAGAGGAGCUGGAGAAGGCGAAGGGCGCCACGCUGUCGUCCACGGAGAGCGCGGCCUCGGAGAUGCCGGAGGAGGGGAAAGGGCACGGGGAGGAGCCGAAGCCCGAGGAGCCGAAGCGCAAGGUUGACACCUCGGUGUCUUGGGAAGCUUUGAUUUGUGUGGGAUCGUCCAAGAAAAGAGCAAGAAAGGCAUCCUCUUCCGAUGAGGAAGAGGGACCGAAACCGACGGCAGGAGAAGGCCCCAAACCAGACGAAGCAGGAAGAGACAGAGAGGCGGGACCAGAGGCUGUCCCCGCAGGUGCCCAGGAGCACGACCCAGGGCAGGGCAGCUCCUCCCCCGAGCAGGCGGGAAGCCCCUCGGAAGGGGAGGGCGUGUCCACCUGGGAGUCCUUUAAAAGAUUGGUCACCCCGAGGAAGAAAUCCAAGUCCAAACUGGAAGAGAAAACCGAGGACCCCGGAACAGGGGCCGGUGUGGAACAUUCGGCGGCAGAGGUGGAACCCGGGAAGGAAGAAUCUUGGGUUUCAAUUAAGAAAUUCAUUCCUGGCCGGAGGAAGAAAAGGUCCGAUGGGAAACAAGAUCACGCCACUGCCGAGGAUGCGGGGCCGACAGAAGUCAACGAAGACGAUGCCGACGUCCCGGCCGUGGUCCCUCUGUCCGAGUACGAUGCCGUGGAGAGGGAGAAAACGGAAGCGCAGGAAGCCCGGAAGAGGGAGGAGACGGCCGAGCCAAAGGGGGCGGUUUCUGUGUCGGAGGAGCUCAGCAAGAGUCUGGUUCAUACCGUGACUGUGGCGGUCGUCGAUGGGGCGAGGGCUGUGACCCAUAUGGAAGAAAGGUCGCCUUCUUGGAUCUCUGCUUCGGCGACAGGGCCCCUCGAACAAGCCGAAGAGGAAGCUGGACCACCCCCUGCAGGGGUGUUGGAAAGAGAGGGCAGGGCAGAGGACAGCCCCGUCGUCACCCAAGCCCUGCCCGAGAGCCGAGAUGCCGGUGAGGACACCCUCACCAGUGAGGUGGAACCCACUCCCGAGGCCGUGACGGCUGCGGAACCCACGGAGGCGUUUGGUGCCGAGGAGGCGACCGAAGCAUCUGGUGCCGAGGAGACCACCGACAUGGUCUCGGCCGUCUCCCAGUUAAGUGAGUCUCCGGACACCACCGAGGAGGCCACGCCGGUUCAGGAGGCGGAGGGCGGCGAGCCCGACGUGGAGGGCCAGGAGAGGCGGACCCAGGAGGUCCUGCAGGCGGUGGCGGAAAGGGUUAGAGAAGCGUCACAGCUCGAUGUCGGGGGCCCGGGAGCCGAGAUUCACACAGCGCGGAAAGAGGGAUCCCAGCUGCCAGAGGUGGGGGAGACCGAAGAGGACCCUCCCGUGUCGGAGCUGAAGGAAGAGGUGGACAUGGUGUUGCAGGGACACGCAGGAGAAACAAAAGCUGAGACUCUGACACCAGGGGACGUCUUUGGACAGGCCGCCCCAGAACACGCUGGAGAAGUCCCUCCAGUCCCUGAGAGCAUCCCGUCCAGUGAGCUCAGAACCCCCUGCCAAGCCGAAACCUUGGUUGGUGUAAAAUCGGAGAUCGUCCUGGAACAGGCUGUUGGCCCCGACUCGGCCGAAACUCUCACAGACAGCGAGACCAGUGGAAGCACCCCCGUGCCCGACUGUGAGGCUCCCCCUGCAAUGCAGCAAGUCAAGGUCAUGGAAGUCCAUGCAGAGGGUGAAGGUGCAUCCGGUACGAAAUCGCAGGUCAUGGAGGCCCAGGCAGCUCCUGCACCGAAAGAGAUGCCCCCAGCACCCUCUGGGCUUCAAUCACAGGAAGAAAAGAAAGAACACUCAGAAAUAGAAGGGGGUCCAGAGCAUACGGAUAAAGAGGUAUCAGUGGAGGCUGUACCCAUUCUUUCAAAGGCUGAGGCGACUCCGGAGGCUGGCCAGUUUGCUGAUGAGGAAACCAAAGACGUACCCUUCAUUCAAGGACUUGAAGUAUCUGCAGACACAGAAAUGACAGCUGGACAGAAAAAGGCCAUGGAAGUCGCCCUUAAAGAUGAAGUUACUCAAGAAGCUGAUGGUCAAAAGAAUGAAAAUACUGAAUUCCAGAGUCCUGCUCCGUCUCUUCCAGCCCCAGGGGAGAGAGAGAGGGUAGUGCAAGUGGAAAGGGAGGAAGCGGUGGCCAAGGCAGCCCGAGUGAGUGAAGAGAAGCUUGAGCCAAAACCAGCCGAAGUGCUCAGCAAGCAGCUGGUCCACACGGUUCACGUGACCGUCGUAGACGGGGAGAAGGAAGUUCUCCCUUUUGAAGAAAGUUCUUGGCUAGUUCAAGCGGACAGGCUCUGCACAGACAGUCAGGCCGAAGUGCUCAGCAAGCAGCUGGUCCACACGGUUCACGUGACCGUCGUAGAUGGGGAGAAGGAAGUUCUCCCUUUUGAAGAAAGUUCUCCUUGGCUAGUUCAAGCGGACAGGCUCUGCACAGACAGUCAGGCCGAAGUGCUCAGCAAGCAGCUGGUCCACACGGUUCACGUGACCGUCGUAGAUGGGGAGAAGGAAGUUCUCCCUUUUGAAGAAAGUUCUCCUUGGCUAGUUCAAGCGGACAGGCUCUGCACAGACAGUCAAGUUCAAAGCUCGGAGGCAUCAUUACCUCUAACAGCUGCCGCUGUGGAGAAGAAGGUCUUAGGCGAAACCGUCAAGCUUUUAGAAGCAGCUGGACCUUUAGAGUCUGCAGAUGCACGUUUGGAACCAGAAGCGAAGCCCUCUGACCAAGAAGACGUUAUGGGUCAGCCCGGGGAAGAUGCAGCACCCACAGGCCCUGCGUCUCGGGCAGAAUCGGCCCCAGUCGUCAUACCCGCCGCCCCUGCAAAAGGCGUCAGUGCUGACCUGGAAGGAGAUAAAACCACCUUCCAGGAAGGGAAGUCCGAAGAAGACUGCGAGCAGGUUAGCGGGCAGGGAGACAGAGUGAGUGAAAUGAGAGAGGAAGGUUUAAAGGCCGAAAAGGAGAUUUUGCAGCUUAAGACUGAGAGCCAGAAACUUGUGCAAAACGUCAUUCAGACAGCCGUUGACCAGUUGGUAAGCACCGAAGGAACAGCCACCGACUGCCAGACACCGGCCCAGCUGGCAAAGGCUGACCAUCGGGAGGCUGAACAGAAAAUUGAAAAAGAAGAAAGGGAACUUCAGGGCUCAGCAGAGGCUGAGGCAGCCCAAGAGGAGUCCGCACUGACCACCGUGGGACAAACCCCCUCAGAAAUUUCCAAAGACGCGAAUGCAGCUGCAAAGGAGGUCACGGCCUUUGAGGUCAAAGGCUCCCCAGUAAAUGACCAGCUGCCUGAAGAGCUCGUCCUCCCAACCCAGGAAAAGAGAGAAGCAACCGGAACCAAGUGUGUGCCAGAAUUGGGUGAUCGUGCCGGCUUAGGAGAAAGAACAGAGAAUGAACCCCAAGAAGAUGAAAAACGUGACGCUGUCCAUUACCCUGAGAACCAAAUCUCAGCCCUGGGAGACCCCGAGGCCUCGGGAGACUUAACCAAAGAGUCCUCGGAUGCAAAUGGACCAAAACUAAAAGAGAAGGAAGUGGGAUUUCAGGAAGGAAAAGGGCCGAGCGAGCCGGAAAAAGAGAUCAAAACGCAAACACAGGAGGAGGCACAGGAACAAGAGAGGCAGCCAGCAACGCCAGAACUUGCGGAACCCUAAGACGUCAGUUACACGAGUGUCUUUGCAAGACCAGAAUGUGAAGACAAGUGGUAGAAGAAAAUGAAUGCUGCUGAUGACACUCAAGACCAAGAUUUCAGAACUUUGAGAUCCCAAGAACAGGCCUGCCAACCGAUCUCAUUCCCAGAGAACCCCGACAAUCCUGAGGCUGCUUCGGGAGCUAGAACCAGUUCUUCCUCAAGACCGCCUGCCGCGUCCCCUUGAUGCCAUAUCGUGUUUCUCAUCCGAGCUCCUGAAUUCUUCACCUGGAACUGGAGUUGGCAAUACCUAGUUCCACUUCUCAAACUGGAGUAUCAUUCUUUAUGUAUUUAUAUGUAUGUCUUAAGUAAUCCUCCUCCUGUAUCUAUUGUAUAUUUUUUCCUACUGUUUAAGGAGAUGUGCGGUAGAGUACACUUCCGAUGUACCCCAGUCUGUGAUGGGGCAUGGGCCAUAAGUGUCGCCGUGGCAGCUCUGAGCCUCCCGUACAACCUGUGAAAACAGCUUCCUAGAAUAACAUUCCUGAGCAGAAGCUGCAUUCUCACUUUAAAAUUCCCUAAGGACGAGGCCCGUGUUUAGUAUUACUCUGAAGUCGGUCACUUUCCUAUGAUGCAUAAUGUGCUAAAAAUGAAAAGCAUCUUUAGGGCGGAAGCAUACAGAAUGUUCUGUGGUUACUGUGAAAUUUUUCUUUCAAGCCCAGUGGAGAGUGGAAGUUUGUUUUUUUUUUUUUUUCAGUAGUAGAUUAACUUCCAGUCUUUUCUCCUAAUUGUUAUGGUGGUUUGGACAGAUGUGGGCUUAAUCCUGAGGCAAAGUAGUGAAAUGUUUUUCAUACUCUCAAGAAAAGGAUUGACUGUAAGUUUUGGGUUCUACCCUUACAUGCGGGACCACAUUCCCACACGGCAUGAAGCAAAUCAGGCUCUUUACAAUGGCAUUUUGAUAGAUGCUGGAUUGUGUCUGUGCCAUAUUUGUGCCCACUCUUUUAGAACAAUGUCACAUUAUGUUCAUUUGGAUAAACUGUGAUUUGACAACUGACUUACUAGUAAAUAAAAUAUUUGCUUCACUUAGAUUUGCUGGUUUUAUUAGAUACUAGGAAGGCUGAGACCUGUGUUUCCUGCCUUCUGCAAGCAGAAAAAGCUAGAUAGAGCUUUCUAAUGUAGUUGCUGCAUGAUGUGACCACUUCAUACCGGUUUGAGUUCAUGUUCAGAGGAAGUCAUAGCAGAUAGGUGUCUGCCAAAAUAAACCAGGGGCUUUUCAGAUGGACGGUACUGAUACAAUGCUACCAUCUGGUGGUAUCUUCCUGAAAAGGCCAAUUUUCUGCAUUAAUGUUUGUUCAUGAUGAGUGUUUCUAGAAAGAAAUUUUAAGAAGGCUUAGUAGUAAAAUUGCCUUGCAACAGGAAUUUUUCUAAAUGUUAAAAAUGAUGUCUGAUUCCUGCUAAUAUAUAAAGGAUGCUGUUGAACAGUUGCCACACAAAGAAUAGUCCGUUAUCUGCCCUAAAAUUCCACUUUUCCGCAGGUAAACUGGCCUAGCAAAGACACUUUAAAAAUUUUACUCCAGCUCGGUACUCCCAGUUUGAGAACUUAAUUUCAAUGGCCAAUUGAUUUUAAAGGAUAACAUUCUAGAAAGACUAGAAUAGCCUUUUAGCAGAAAGAACAUUUGCUGUUAGAAGUGACAAGUAGUUGCUCUGAUACCAACACACCUGAUUACAAUAAAACAUUGGCUGUAGUAGUUGCUCUGAUACCAACACACCUGACUACAAUAAAACACCGGUUCUAGUGUACGGCCUUGUAGCUGGAAAGUACUGACUAGCUUUUAGGAAUUACUCUCAUGUAUAAUAGCCACCUGUGCUUAAUUGUUAAACUUUAAAAUCUCCAAAUUAAAAAAAAAGAAACCUGUGAUCUAAAUCAGCGGCUGCCAACCGGUGGUCCAUGAGGUCCGAAAGGUUGGCGACCACUGGUUUAAGGAAGCCUUCGGAGCAGUGGUCACCAGCCGGUGGUCCGCAGACCAAUGGCGGUCGGAAGGUUGGCGACCGCUGAUCUAAAUAGCUUCUCUGGCCAACUUGGGACUUCUUUAAAAAAGUGCUCGUGUCAAAUUUAGAAACAUCAAUGGUGAGAGAGUAUCAUUGAUGGGCUGCCUCCUGCACGCCCCCUACUGGGGAUCGAGCCCACAACCUGGGCAUGUGCCCUGACAGAAUAGAACUGUGACCUCCCGGUUCAUAGGUUGACACUCCACCACUGAGCGACACCGGCCAGGCGCCGGUGUCUGUUUUUGAAGAUCAACCAAAACGUAUUGGAGAUGACAGCGAUUUGGAAGGAGUUCAAUGGUAGCUCCUCUCUCCGGCAGGAAGACACUGUGCUAUUUUGAGCAGAUUAAAGAUUUGUGUCGUUUGUGGUAAACAGAUUUCCUUUUUUUUUCCCUCUUCGGUUUAAAUUCCAUCCCACCACUUCAUCACAUUUGUACUGACAUGUGGCCACGCAGGUCAUCACAGCUGGUCGCCUUCAUGGCUCUGCUCCUCCUACAUCUGGACGGGCCCUGGGUUACUUCUGUACAAGCUCUGUACCUCUGUCUGUUAAGCAACAUUGUUUUACUAACGAGGAAUGCUAUUAACAACUGUAGCGUGAAAUACAGUUAGUUCUGUGUUAUAAUUCUAAAGCUGCCGUUACUUUAUGAAGUUCAUAGUAACCGUGUAAUCUGCAGAAAUUGGAGCAAGUGCCUAAAUUUUGCUAUUUUUGGCAUUACUAUGGAACCAUGUACAACAGAAAGCAAUGCAAGACUUGUAAACUCUCGCCACUUCUUGUAAUUGAAGACUAUAAAAUGUGCCCCUAAAGGUUAUUUUCUUAAUGGUUCACACAAGUUGUCUCUCUCUGUACAUGUCUACUUUGUUCCAGAAGUUUCCUUUGCUGUUUGGAGCUACAGAUAGUCAAGGGCUGAAAAUUUUAGCUUUCAGUGUAAGCUUCAAGCCUAGCAGUUUUCUUUAACCUCAGACAAUAUUUGAUUCCUAGUUCUGUGUGGGGGCAAAUUUUCAUUUAUCUAAAUAAAAUGCAACCUAAUGAAA